UAUGCAACUCAGCGGAAUCGGGUCAAGCAACCACACUGGGCUAAACGAUCGAAGAACCAAAGAGAGAAUCAGAGAGCAGUUAAUUAUGGAGUUUGGGAUUGACGACUCUGACGCCAUUGAUAAAGCUCUUAUCCAAAAUUAUAGAAGAGUUGCUAAUCAAUAUCAAGAAUUCAAUAGCCAAAUUAAAGCAAUGAAGGAAAUAUUGUUGUGGCAGUACAAUUGCAGCCUUAAUGGCCAAGCUGCCAACCCAGUGGAGUUGCCUAAUAUUGCUCCUAGUUCUAAAAGCAACAAUACUUUGAGGAGUAAUAGAAUAAUGAUGGGGCCUGGAGUUAAGUUAGGAGCAAGGAUAGAGAAAGCAUCAGACCCGAAUCUGUCAAGGAAUAGCCACACUGCAAACAAUUCGUUCGGUGGAAGUGCUCAAACUAUGACCCAGAAUGGAAUCUCAAAUAUCAAGAUAAGGAAGAUAAAUCAAAGAGACAGGACUCCGAACCCAGAGCCCAAGAGAUAUAUGCCAGUUUUGCCUAAAUAAAGGUGUCUUCAAUGAAUGGGGAGCUGUUCUCAGACAUCAAGAUGAGAUGGAGAAGGAACAGGAGAGACAAGAAUAUGCAAUGAACAAGUUAAAACAAGAAGAGUAUAAAAGAUCACUUCAGAGCCAAAUCAUGAAUCACCAAGCCCAGUAUGUUGGCAUGGUUGGAUCACACAAGAAUCAAGACCAAGAAUUUGUACAGAAUCAGUGGCGAGCAGAGCAAGAGAGAGUCAAAAGAGAGCAUGCCGAAGAUAUUAAUAAGAAAAAUCAAGCAAUUGAGCUAGCAAAAGAAUCUCUCCAAAAGGCACAGAUUCUAAAGAGAAAGGAUCAAGCAGUAAAAUUCGCUGAGGACCAAGCCAUCAGAGACCAGCUCAGGAGACAAGAAGAGGAAGAACUCCAAAGAGUUCAGACCAAGAGAGCAACCAAAUUGAUGGACCAAGAGAAAAUGAAGCAAUUCCUUAAUGUUCAGAAGAGUAUGAGAACGCAGAAGGAAAACCGCUUGCGAGAAGACGACAAAAUGUUUGCAAAGAUCGGGAUGGAAAAAGAAGAGCAAGACUCACUCAAGAGGAAUGACUACUUUAAGAAACUCCAGCGGUUCCAGGAUAUUAAUGAUAAGAAAACAGCUAAUUUGAUAAAGUACAUGCAGUCAGACCCUAGAGUGAGUGCAGAAGAGCGGGACAAGAAAAUGUAUCUCCAAGGCAUCAAAGCUGAGGAGAAAAGAUGGCAAAAGAGGGAUAAUGAUGAAAGAGUCAGGAAGCAACAUGACAUGGAGGUCCUCAAGGCAGGUCUGAGCACCCAAAUCAAUGAAAAAUAAGAAUACUAGUCUUGUUAAUCAAAGAAUGGAGCAGUUCUAUGGGAAACAACUUAAGGAAAAAGAUGAAAUUGAGCUUAAAAAGCAGCAGAUUGAACAAGAGAAUUUUAGAAACCAACAAAGACAGUAUAUGAAAUCUUUGAACUCUCAGUCUAAGGAAGUUAAUAAUAGGAAAAGAUUUGAAGACAUGAUGACUGAUCAAGAGAGAAUCUUAAACAACAAAGACAUAGAAGCUUAUGAAAAGAAUGAAAUGGUGCUUCAUUCAAAUAAAAUUGGAUUUAAUGCUCCAGCAAGUGAAACUGCAAUGAAGCAGUUAAGUCAAAACCCUUAUGCGAACAGCAAAAGUUUUGAAACUGCCAAAUUAAACCAUGCUCACAGAGGAACCCCUGAUCUUAUCGCAUCAGGAAUUGGGUAUGAUCCAACUGCACAAGGAAGGUAUAUUAAUCUAGCCAUUCGUCAAGCAGAUGCUGCUGAAAAGUAUGGUCUCAGACCAGUGAUCUCCAAUAAAGCUUAUGGUGGGGAUAUUCCAUCAAGAAAUCAGUCAAAGUCUCUUGCUAAUAAGUUCAACUCCCACACAGUGAAUAAAAGCUACGAUUCUGUGAGAAAUGCUGGAGAGGGUAUAAUGAAGGGAUCAAUGACCCCAUAUGGGAACAGAAAGCCAUCUCUGCAAGGCAUUCCUACAACCCUCUCGAUUCCUAAUCAGGUCAACCACCAAAUGAGUCCUAAAGUGCAGUUCCCACAGAUGUAAUCAGUUGCUACAAUUUUUAUGAAUAAACAUUUUCAAA